AUGCCUUUCACUCUGGAUGCACGUCAUAUCCAGAACAUGAGCGCGGCCACCGCGAUCGAGCCUCAUUGGGGAUAUGCCGAUCGCGCUGUGCCAUGUACCAACGAUGCGGGCUCAUGUGCCUAUCUUGAUGAUGUAUACUCUUCACACGACCGGGGCAUGCUCUACUCCGGCAUCCUGUGGUGUGUCAUAGGCGCCAUUCUGCUGCUCUGGGUCGUGCUCAACCAGUCAAAUGCCCCCACAUCAUCGCCAUCCCUCGCCCCCGCAGAACCAGCAGGGCUGGUGCGAGCGCGCCGGGCUGUGAGAGCGCUCGCUCGCAAAUACCUCCUCCCCGAUGCGGCCCGACUGGUCUUCGGCCGCACCACACGCCUCCAAGUGCUCACGCUCGCCCUGCUGGUGGGCUACCUCCUGGUUUUCAGCUUCGUCGGGAUCGUCUAUCAUACCUGGGUCACCCCCGUCUCCGACAUGCCCGGAGUGUACAACACGCGCGAUAGCAUUGGGCCAUGGUCGGAUCGCGUCGGGACCCUGGCCUACGCGCUGACGCCGCUCUCGGUGUUGCUGAGCAGCCGGGAGUCCUUUCUGUCCGUCAUCACUGGGCUCCCAUACCAGAGUUUCAACUUCCUCCACCGCUGGCUAGGUUACAUUAUCUUUGUCCAGAGCUCGCUUCAUACCAUUGGCUGGUGCGUCGUCGAGCUCCGGCUGUACCAACCACAGCCCACUGUCGGCCUGGAGUGGGUCACACAAACAUACAUUAUCUGGGGCAUCGUGGCGAUGAUUCUUCUGCUGCUGAUGUUUGCCCUGAGCACCCCGUGGGGCAUUCGGCUGACGGGCUACGAGACCUUCCGCAAACUCCACUACGUCCUUGCUAUGGUCUAUAUUGGCGCAUGUUGGGCGCACUGGAAGGCCCUCAAGUGUUUCAUGUGGCCGUCCCUGAUCUUUUGGUUCCUCGAUCGCGGUGCACGGCUGGUCCGCACCGCGCUUCUGCACUACCACCCCGAUCACACUGGUGGCGGUCUCGCGUUAAAACCGGCCACUGCGAGCAUCACUCGCUUCCCGGACCCCGAACAUGGCGAUGUCCUUCGCCUGAACUUGGAGAAUGGUCAAGAUCCAUGGGACAUUGGCCAGCAUUACUACCUCUGCUUCCCCAAAUCAAGCGUCUGGCAGUCUCACCCGUUCACGCCGCUCAACCUGCCGGUCGUCAAAAACGGCACUGUGCAACACUCAUAUUUGUUGCGAGCUAAGGGUGGAGAAACCAAGAAGAUCGCUAACCUCGCGAUCGAAUCCAAAUCCACACCGGUGAUUCUAACCGGCGCAUACGGUGAAUCAAUCGCUACUCAUCUCACCCCCUCCACCAACAUUCUCUGCAUUGCCGGUGGAACCGGCAUCACCUAUGUUCUUCCCGUGCUCCUUGGCCUCGCCCGCCAACCGCCCUCUCCGGACCGCAAGGUGGAGCUGAUCUGGGCCAUUCGCCAUACCGCCAACACGGAAUGGAUCGAGGCCGAGUUGGACCUCCUCCAAAAGGCACGCAAUACGCUCAACCUGGAAAUCCGCAUUUUCGCUACCCGAGAUACAACCAGCAAAACCCCCUCGGAGGCCUCAAUCGAAAAUUGCAACUUGACGGUUCCUAAGAUCGAGGAGAAAGCUCCAAUUGAGUCCGAGGCUUCAUGCUGUGGCUGCGAUAAGCCGGCCUCCGUGGAACGGCUCGGGGGGUCAGAAGACUCUUCGCGGCAUCCAGAUCUGCCUCGACUGGUGAGUUCGUUUGUGGGGGACACCGUGCGCGGGCCGACGAGUGUCUUUGCCAGUGGACCUGGCGGGAUGAUCAGCGAUCUCAGGGACAUUGUCGCGUCUUGCAACGAUGGGCCGAAGGUCUGGAAGGGACAAGAACGAUUCGAUGUCAGACUGGUCUGUGAUGAUCGGUUGGAGUGGUGA